UGCCCAAGGUACCCGCAGCCACAGUAACGUGGCAACUGUUGAUUGGUAGCUUCGCACAAUAAGAAGCCCAAUCAGUGCAUUUGCAGCACCAGAGAGACCCUCGUGACCUCAAAUAUUCAACAACAAGAAUCUCCAUCUAUCUUCUCUCCUCCAACAUACCACGGUUGUCGGAGAACAACAACAAUGGCUCGCGUGACGCUGGUCUUGUCCGCCGCCUUGGUCCUCGUGGCGAUCAGCUGCAGCGCAGCAGCAUCGAGCUUCGACGAGUCCAACCCCAUCAGAUUGGUAUCGGACGGCCUCCGUGAGCUGGAGCAGCAAGUCGUCCAAGUCCUCGGCAACUCUCGCCGCGCCCUCCACUUCGCCCGCUUCGCUCACCGGUACGGGAAGAAGUAUGAGAGCGUGGAGGAGAUGAAGCUGCGGUAUGAGAUUUUCUCGGAGAAUAAGAAGCUGAUUCGAUCCACAAACAAGAAGGGCUUGCCUUACACUCUUGCUGUCAAUCGUUUUGCUGAUUGGAGUUGGGAAGAGUUCAGAAGGCAGAGGUUGGGAGCUGCCCAGAACUGCUCUGCCACCACAAAGGGCAGCCACAAGCUCACUGAUGCCGUUCUUCCUGAAUCGAAAAACUGGAGAGAAGAAGGCAUAGUGACCCCAGUUAAAGACCAAGGUCACUGUGGAUCUUGCUGGACAUUCAGCACCACUGGGGCUCUUGAGGCAGCUUAUGUGCAGGCAUUCGGAAAGCAAAUCUCUCUCUCUGAGCAGCAGCUUGUGGAUUGUGCUGGAGCUUUCAAUAACUUUGGCUGCAAUGGUGGGUUGCCAUCUCAAGCUUUUGAGUACAUCAAAUACAAUGGCGGUCUCGACACCGAGGCUGCAUAUCCUUACGUUGGAACCGACGGGGCUUGCAAAUUUUCAGCUGAAAAUGUUGGUGUCCAAGUGCUCGACUCUGUCAAUAUCACCCUGGGUGAUGAACAAGAACUAAAGCAUGCAGUUGCGUUUGUGCGGCCAGUCAGCGUCGCCUUUCAGGUGGUCAAAAGCUUCCGAUUUUACAAGUCAGGAGUCUACACCAGUGACACUUGUGGCAGCAGUCCCAUGGAUGUGAACCAUGCUGUUCUUGCAGUUGGGUAUGGAGAGGAAGGCGGUGUCCCCUUCUGGCUCGUCAAGAACUCUUGGGGAGAAAGCUGGGGUGACAAUGGCUACUUUAAGAUGGAGUUUGGGAAGAACAUGUGCGGUGUUGCAACAUGUGCAUCGUACCCGAUUGUUGCUUGAAUUGGAAGAAAUGGUGGCCUUGCUGUGGAUAUGUAAUACAAAAUUCAUCUUGUUUCAGUCUGGGAUGUUGUACUGAUGGAGUAGUAGGUUUCCAGCUUGAAGAUGAAGAGGGGUUAUUCUUGAAUGGUGAUUGUAAUGUUUCAGUCUUGCUGCACAAAAUAAGAUACAGGACUUUACUUAUUUACGGCCACUGUAAUGAUAAGCAACAAAGACCUCUGUUUAAAUUAUCUUGCCAUUACACCAAAA